UUUGCUGCUGCGCUGACUCCAAAUGACGGUCAGUGCAUUUGUCGUUUCCCUGCAGGCAAAAAAACUACCUCAUAGGUCAUCUCUCUCCACUUCAUAGCCUAUUACAUCGGUUAUUUUAGAUGUCAUCCCUCCCAAUCCCCUUUGACAAGCACACGCCAUCUCCAUCCAGAUUGUUGGGUGGAAAAGUGGGCAGUGAUUAAAUGUGAUUUCAUAUCUGGCUUCACUUUCUCUCAACUCCCUCUUUUCUCACCGAGCCUCGGAGUCGCUCGGACCUCAAUCCAAACUCUCCUCAUACCUGCGCACAGCAUCCAGAGCUGCUUUCCUCCAACAGGACAGUCGCACUGCAGCAAGCUGAGUGGAGCUGACGGAAAAUACUUUUUACAGCCGAGAAGUCAAUCCAUUCCGCAUCAGCUGAAAUGCUGCUGAGAAGAAGCAGACAUGUCCAAAUACUUCCAUUUCUCAUUGAAGUCUGCCGCCUCACUCUGGCAUUCCCCACACAAACUCCAUCUGCAUUUGAAGAUGUCCGGCACCUCCAGGUGAACAUCCCUCACUCAGGUCUGGUUUCCGCCCCACUGGGCAGCUCCAUCUCCAUCCCCUGCUUGGUGUCUCUGUCCUCUUCCUCCCCUGUUGCACCGCGGGUCAAGUGGACUGUGGUGUCCGGUGGUGUGGAGACGCAGAUCUUGGUGGCACGAGGUCAAAGGGUGAAGGUCAACGAGGUGUACCGAGACCGCGCUGCCUGGCUCAACUACACUUCCUCCCCUGAUGACCUGUCACUGUGGCUGGGAGAUUUACGCUCCAGUGACUCGGGUCACUAUCGCUGCGAGGUGCAGCAGGGCCUGGAGGACGCCAGCGACCUCGUACAACUCAAAGUCAAAGGUGUCGUAUUCCACUACAGAGAUGCUUUGGGCCGCUAUGCAUUUUCUUUCCAUCAGGCCCAGAGGGCUUGUGAGGCCACUGGGGCACAAAUCGCGACUCCUGACCAGCUGCUGGCGGCUUAUUAUGACGGCUAUGAGCAGUGUGAUGCAGGCUGGCUGGCAGACCAGUCUGUCAGGUACCCAAUCCAAGUGCCCCGUGAAGGUUGUUAUGGAGACAUGAAUGGUCAACCAGGAGUGAGAAACUAUGGGACAAUGGAUCCAGAUAAUCUGUUUGAUGUUUACUGUUAUGUGGAGGAAGCUGACGGGGAGUUGUUUUAUGACUCCAUCCCACAACAGUUGUCAUUUGACGAAGCGCAGUCAUACUGCAGAGCUGGAGGAGCAGAGCUUGCUACAACAGCACAGCUGUACUUGGCAUGGAGUGAAGGUCUGGAUCGUUGCAGCCCUGGCUGGCUGUCUGAUGGCAGUGUGCGCUACCCCAUCAUAGCCCCGAGAGAGCGUUGUGGAGGGCCUCAGCCAGGCGUCAAAACCCUCUAUCGCUUUAGCAACCAAACUGGCUUCCCAGAGCCAUCCAGCCUUCAUGACAUGUAUUGUUUCAAAGAUAGUAGAAAUACUCCCACCGACUCUCCCAUGGACUACGUGGCCACAGAGCCUGAGGACAUUGGACAAGAUGUUGUUAUUCUUAUGAAAACAGAUCAAGAGCUGCAACUAAACCAACAUUCAGAACAGGUGGAGCUCAAAGCUCAAGGGGUAUUCGAAUCUUUUCCCCUUUUCUCCAGCUCUUUCACUGAGGCAAAUGACACGCACCCAACAGUUAGAUCAGACACAACACCUACAGUGAAUCUCCUCCAGGCAUUGAAUGAAACUUCAUCUACCACAGAAAUGAGCUCCCAGUAUCCUACAGCACUUAUGAACAGCACUAUCAGCACCAUUGACACCUACGAUUUCCAACAAAACACGUCAUUACUGCCCAGCGUUUACAAUGAGACAGAUUCCCACCGUAACUUGAACUUCACCUUUCACCAGUCUGAGCCUGAAAGCACCACGGGAGUUCCCCAACCAUCAUAUGAACCUCACACACAUAACCAAACCGUUCCAGACACUCAUCCUGAUCAGAAUACAUCUGAGAGGCCAAAGGAUUCCCAAAAUAUACAAAAGACCAACUUGCAUUUUGACAGAUCGCAAGCAAAUUAUGGUGAAAAAAACAGCAAUCAUGCUCAAGAGGAGAGCUUCUGGGAGGUGACCUCAAUGGCCAUUGACCCCGUGGUUCAAGUGAAGAUGGAGGAGGCAGCAGUAGAAGAUUCUGUGCAGGUGUUACUCUCAACUCAGGCCUCAAAAGAGGAAGGAGAACUUCUUACUCAAACUACAAAAUCUUCCAUUAAGGAGCUAACCUCAUUGUGGGCAAUUCUGGAUGGGUCUGGAGAUUUUUCUCAAGAAAGUGACCUUGACGUCGAAGCAGUCGGCUUCAUCUCCACAUCAGAUUCUUCAACUUCCAGCUUUACCACUCUCCCGUCACUUCCUGUUUCUGCUAGCAGUGCUCCUACUGAGCCUCGGACUGCAAUCCCCAAUCUAACCCUCUCAUCUGGGUCACGGCAUUCUGACAAACUGGGCUUGGAUAUCCUCGCCACAGCACCACAGUUGUGGGAGUCCUCCAUUUCUAGACAGGAGGGAAGUACAAGUUUAGAAUUUGAAGAAACAGUCACUUUGGAAAGUGAAGAAAAACUUGUUUCUAGAGUAAGUUUAGCUACCACUGAGUCUCCAGAGGAGUCAAACACCCCCCAGUUGCCUACUGAUUCCUCCAAAGCACGAUUUCGCACAUCAGGUUACAGACUGUAUUUGGAUACUGUGACCACUGGGUAUGAAGAGGCAAGUGGACAUGAACUUGCUACAGUUACUGCAACCCUUGGAGAAGAUGUUAAAGUUGUCCCAACCAUUAAAGGGGAAAAUAAAAUUACCACAACUCUUGAAGAGGAAGUUACAGUAACCCCAACCCUUGAAGAAGAAAAAGAAGUUUCCACAACUCUUGAAGAAAAAGCUAAAGUUUCCUUUUUUUUGGAAGAAGAAGCUAGCCUUACCCCAACCCUUGAAGAAGAAGUUACCAUUACCCCAACACUUGAAGAAGAAGUUAGUGUUACCCCAACCCUAGAAGAAGAAUUUAACGUUACCCCAACCCUAGAUGAAGAAGCUAGCGUUGCCCCAACACUUGAAGAAGAAGCUAGUGUUGCCCAAACCCUUGAAGAAGAAGCUAGUGUUACCCCAACCCUUGAAGAAGCUAGCGUUGCCCCAACCCUUGAAGAAGCUAGCGUUGCCCCAACCCUUGAAGAAGCUAGCGUUGCCCCAACCCUUGAAGAAGAAGCUAGUGUUGCCCAAACCCUUGAAGAAGAAGCUAGUGUUGCCCCAACCUUUGAAGAAGUUAACGUUACCCCAACCCUAGAAGAAGAAGCUAGCGUUGCCCCAACCCUUGAAGAAGAAGCUAGUGUUGCCCAAACCCUUGAAGAAGAAGCUAGUGUUACCCCAACCCUAGAAGAAGAAGCUAGCGUUGCCCCAACCCUUGAAGAAGAAGCUAGUGUUGCCCAAACCCUUGAAGAAGAAGCUAGUGUUACCCCAACCCUUGAAGAAGAAGCUAGUGUUACCCCAACCCUUGAAGAAGAAGCUAGUGUUGCCCAAACCCUUGAAGAAGAAGCUAGUGUUACCCCAACCCUUGAAGAAGAAGCUAGUGUUACCCCAACCCUUGAAGAAGAAGUUAACAUUACCCCAACCCUUGAAGAAGAUGAUAGCUUUUCCCCAACCUUUGAGGACUUUAAUGUCUUUCCUUUCGAUUCACAAACAUCUAACUGGGAUCUUCUGACCACCACAACUGGACCCCAGGAGUCUCUGAAUGAUCUUGAGUACAGCAGAAAAAAUCCCUCCAUCACCUCCACAGCAGUUCCUGAUUCUUCCUCAGGUACAAAGCCCACUGCUGCUACCACAAAGACGACCACCACCACCAUCACAACCACCACACACUGGUCCAGACGCUCCUGGAGCCCUACCACCUCAGCACCCAAUGUUUUCCACAAGACAGCUGAGCCCCGGAAGGUGACAGCCUUCAUACCACCAGUGGAUCAAGGUCUGGUGGAUGUUGAGUUUAGUCUCACCCAGCCGCCCACCCUGCUUAUCUUGCCCAAUGAGAGGGCAGCUGUAGGCGGUACAGGGAAAAUUUCAGAUGCAUGUUUGGACGACCCCUGUCUCAAUGGAGGCACCUGUACUGACCGAGACGGGCAGAUUCAAUGUCUUUGUUUGCCAACAUAUGGAGGAGACUUCUGUCACACUGACUUGGAGCGAUGCGAACCGGGUUGGGAUAAGUUUCACGGUUUCUGCUAUCGACACUUCAGCCAGCGUCUGAGCUGGGAGGUCGCAGAGCAGCACUGUCGCAUGCUGGGAGCUCAUCUGGUGUCUGUCAUAACCCCUGAGGAACAGAGUUACAUCAACAACAACUACAAAGAAUACCAGUGGACUGGUUUGAAUGACAAGACCAUUGAGGAUGAUUUCCGCUGGUCUGAUGGCAACCCGCUGCUGUAUGAGAACUGGUACAGAGGGCAGCCAGACAGCUAUUUCCUGUCUGGAGAAGACUGUGUAGUGAUGGUGUGGCACGAUGAUGGACGCUGGAGUGACGUACCCUGCAACUAUCACCUUGCAUACACCUGCAAGAAAGGCACCUCCUCAUGUGGCCCCCCACCCAAGGUCCGAAACGCCUCCAUCUUUGGAAAAGUUCGACAAAGAUACGAGACCAAUGCAGUUGUGCGUUAUCACUGUGCCAAGGGUUUCCAGCAGAGACUAAAUCCUCUGAUCAGAUGUCUGUCUGCAGGAAGGUGGGAGAGGCCCCAGGUCCUGUGCAUCCCUGAGGCCGGAAGUCCAAUUCAACACCCUGAAGUGAUGACACUGACCAGCAGCAACUCUACUGCCAUUGAAGAUGAGUUUGAAGCCACUAAAGAGACACCACAGUACUGGGACAUCAAGUUUUAAAAGUCAGCCAUGCUUUCCUUCCUUGUCUUCCUUUCCUAAAUUCUGCUGUUGUAACAUAACAAGGUGCCAAGAAUCAAAUCCUUUUUACCAAUGAAUGCUCAAACAGGACAAAAUGAACCACAGACGCAGAAAGACACAAACUGAAGCUUUCUUUCAGCCAAGAAGCCUGAAUGCACAGACAGGCUUUGUUUUCUUUUAAUGGAGUUAAACAUUCCUACUUUUUGAUGACAUUUAGCAUAUUUUCUACUGUAUUUUGUUUUAUCAUUCUGACUAGCAGAGCGCAAAAUAGGUUAAAGUAGAAAGAAAGAAGAAAUACAGUAAACUCCUAAUUAUUGUCAGCUCCAAAUCUACAGAAGGAACUGCUCUCUUUGUGGUGUUUGUUAUAUCAGGAACCUUUUUAUAAAAUGGUGCUAAUGUCUUUAAAAACCUUUGUCUCCAACCAAGAUUUUUGUUUUCCCUGCUUUGUCAAAUAAUCUAACGACUCCAAAGCACAAAGUCAAUCUUAACAAAUAGUCAAUAAGUACUGUACAUAUAUUCGUUUUCACACCUGUUAUUAUUGCUGUCUACAUUCUUGAUGAGGGAAACCUUUUAUUUCCAGCAGACGCAGUUUUGUUCGUCAGCUUUAUGUUGUAAUAAAGUUUUGUAGAACAGAGCAAAGAAUAAAUCGUUCUCUAAUGUUACCUUUA